GUUUAUCGUUAGAACGUGGAAGAGGGCGCUAGCUGAUUUUUUCGCAUUGUAAACAUCCUUUAGACCUUUCAUCUGGCACUGGCUUCUUUUAGCGUAGACCCGGAUAAGGGUUUAGGACGCGGGGAGGACUAGAAAGGUAAAAUGUGCGGUUCUGUAUUCUGACCCUCUGUGACCGAACCAGAGGAGCCUCUAUCCUGGCGUUUAUACUUCCAAGCUGCUAGCACAGCUUCCGACAUAGACGGAGGAAUGGAGGGUCAAUGUAGCGUCUUGAAUUUCGUGUUUCUGCCUGUUUAGCUGCUAGCUUGGACGUUGCUGUGGAGAAGAAGUCUGUAGCGAGUCUGAACAUUUCGCUGUGGAUUUAGUUGGUCGAGUAGCUUGGAGCGGCUGGUGUUUCUGCUCUUUGUUGGUGUGGAAGUGUCCCAGUUCAACUAGACGUCACCAUUUACCUGUUCCCUAAUGGGGUGGAGUUCUUUAGCUAAAUUCCCCCACAGGCUGCAAUAAGCUUAGUUAUCGGUUCUCGGUCGAGGAAGACGGUGUCGGGCAAACAUGGUGUUAAGGAAUUACUGGAAAUCUCGGCAUAAAAGCAGGCGUUUUCCCACGCUUUGCUGGAUACGACCGGGGCUGGCAGCUGUGUUCUGGUUCUGUGUGACCCAGUUAGCCUGUGGCGCUGGGACGGUUGGGGAUCCUAAAUCUGUGGUCCAAAAGGAAGCAGAGUUUGAUGUGACCUAUAAUGACACGGUUACAAGCAAAAACCAGACCAUCUAUGCGUUUAAUCACACCAUCUCCAGGAACAAGACGGAGGGGGUGCGUGUGACCGUGGAUGUGCUGCAGCAGCAACUGGAGAGUCCUAUUCUGUUUGUCAUUCGGCAAAAGCAAGCUGUGAUGUCUUUUCAAGUCCCCCUCAUUCUUAGAGGCCUCUAUCAGAGGAAGUACCCCUACAAACACGUGGGCCGGACGCUGUGCCAGCCUCCAACCCGGGCCGCGUCUGAGACCCAGUUCUUCUUUGUCGACGUGUCCACCCUGUCGAGCCAGGGGACAAACUACCAGCUCCGAGUGAGCCGGGUGGAAAGCUUCACCCUGCAGACAGACAAGAAAUUCAGCUUCACAGCAUCACCUUCCCAACCUCAGUUCUUUAAAUAUGUCUUUCCUGACGGGGUGGAUACGGUCAUCGUCAAAGUCAACUCAGACGUGAACUUCCCCUGCUCUGUCAUGUCUGUUCAGGACAUCCAGUGCCCUGUCUAUGACCUUGACAACAACGUGGCCUUUAUUGGGAUGUAUCAGACUAUGACGAAAAAAGGUGCCAUCACUGUGCAGAGGAAGGAUUUUCCCAGCAACAGCUUCUACGUGGUCGUAGUUGUAAAAACGGAGGACGAGGCGUGUGGCGGCCCGCUGCGUUUCUACCCCCUGCGGGGUGAUGUGCUGAUCGACGCUGGCAACCGCACUAAGGACCUCAACGUGGUGGUCUCACCUGCCAUUAACUCCGAGAAGUAUGUGAUCGGCAUGCUGUUCUGUCUGGGGAUCUUCCUCUCAUUCUACGUGUUAACUCUGCUGGUUGCCUGCGUGGAAAACAAGCGAAUGAAAAGGAGAGAGGUGUUUGAGAACCCCCCCGACAUUUCGCCUGCUGAGACAGCCUCCCUUCUUGGGAAGAACGGCGAUGGCAAGACUCCAGCUUCACCGUAUGAAUAUGGCUCCUUUGCUGACAACGGCAGCACGCUGAGCUCCGAGGCCAUCACUGACAGUGCUACAUCGACCGACAACAACUAUGGAUACAUAGGGCAGGAGCCUUUCAAACGGCGACCAUUCUUCAGUCACCUUCACCACAUAGCCGUCCGCAUUGAGCGAUCAUUGGACAGCGUCGCACGAAGCAGGCAGGAAUCUUUAAGUUCUGUGGAGGAGGACGAUUACGACACGCUGGGCGACAUUGACUCGGACAAAAACAUCGUCCGCACCAAGAAGUACCUGUGCGUGGCUGACCUGGCUCGCAAAGACAAGAGGGUCCUCAGCAAGAAAUACCAAAUCUACUUCUGGAAUAUUGCUACUAUAGCCGUGUUCUAUGCGCUACCAGUCAUCCAGCUGGUCAUCACAUAUCAGACGGUUGUCAAUGUGACAGGAAACCAGGACAUCUGCUACUAUAACUUCCUGUGUGCCCACCCCCUGGGAGCUCUAAGUGCGUUCAACAACAUCCUCAGUAACCUCGGCUACGUGAUGCUGGGACUCCUCUUCCUCCUCAUCGUCCUUAAGAGAGACGUCAUGAACAAUCGAGCUCUGCUUCGCAAUGAUCUCAGCGCGCUGGAGUGCGGUAUCCCAAAGCACUUUGGUGUGUACUACGCCAUGGGAACUGCUCUGAUGAUGGAGGGCCUGCUAAGUGCGUGCUACCAUGUCUGUCCCAACUACACUAACUUCCAGUUUGACACCUCCUUCAUGUACAUGAUCGCCGGCCUGUGCAUGUUGAAGCUGUAUCAGAAGAGGCACCCCGACAUCAACGCCAGUGCCUACACCGCCUACGCCUGUCUGGCUGCUGUCAUCUUCUUCUCUGUGCUGGGAGUGGUGUUUGGGAGAGGAAACACUGUGUUCUGGAUCGUUUUUUCUGUGAUCCACAUUCUGGCCACCCUGCUCCUCAGCACGCAGCUCUACUACAUGGGCCGAUGGCGGCUCGACUCUGGCGUCCUGCGCCGCAUUGUGUAUGUGAUCUACACAGACUGCAUCAGACAGUGCAGUGGACCCAUGUACAUCGACCGUAUGGUGCUACUUGUGAUGGGUAAUAUAGUCAACUGGUCUCUCGCUGCCUAUGGGCUCAUAGUGAGACCCAAUGACUUCGCCUCCUACCUGCUGGCCAUCGGCAUCUGCAACCUGCUGCUUUACUUCGCCUUUUACAUCAUUAUGAAGCUGCGGAGUGGUGAGAGGAUCAAGUGUCUGCCGUUGGUGUGCAUUCUCUUCACGGCGGUGGUGUGGGGGUUUGCUCUGUACUUCUUCUUCCAGGGUCUCAGCACCUGGCAGAAAACUCCAGCAGAGUCUCGAGAGCACAACAGAGACUGCAUCCUGUUGUCAUUCUUUGACGACCACGACAUUUGGCACUUCCUGUCCUCCAUCGCUAUGUUUGGCUCCUUCCUGGUCCUCCUGACUAUGGACGACGACCUUGACACUGUUCAGAGAGACAAGAUUUAUGUCUUCUAAAUCUGUCUGGUCUUCUUUGAGAAGCUCAGCUCAUCCUCUCUGCCUUAACACCCUUUUUCUCUGGUUUGGCAUCUUGUUCAUGUUUAGAAAAAGCACAGCCAGUAGCCUGUUUGUUCACCAGGCUUUCAGUGAGCAUGUCUCUGCUUCUCAGAGCCUGUCGAGGGGGAGGGAAGGGCAGCCGCCCCUCUCCCAGCACCUGUGAGGACACUCGUGCCGAUCCAGAGGCGGAUCGACAUCGAGUGACGCUGAAGUGUUCUGUCCUCCUGCUAUCAUCAAUGUUACUGUUGCUCUCCGUGUUUACUGCUGCUGCUGCUGAUGACAACACUGCAAACACAAAACUCUGUCUCGAUUCUUUUGUAUGGUCCCCCAGCAGGAAUCGAUGCGUUUUGUAUGCUAUGUGCUCUUCUGCAGAGUUGUGUGUGUUUACAAACGGAGUAAACACGAGUUGUGUCCAAUCUGCCAGUGGCCUUCGGUGUUCUAAUCAUGUCUGUCCCACACUGUACUCGGAUCGGUCAGCUCCUCCAACUAGCCGUCCUUGAUUGUAUUUACAAUUUGACUGCCCUCAUGUAUGACUGCAGAGCUGGGUUUUUUUUGUUGUUUUUUUUGCAAUGUUCUGUAUGAAAAGUAGAGUUUAUUGUCCAGCAUUGCAAUGAGUGGUGACUAAAUAAAAGGUUGUUUUUCAGAAAUGUA